AUGCUGCCAGAGAGUCGCGCGAGCUGUGCCUACCGACGCUCCCCGGUCGGAGCUCAGAAUCAGUGGCGAGCUGUCAAAGCCAUGCGAGCUGUGGCCGGAGCGCCGAAUCAGCGCUUUCAUCCUCCUACACCUGAACGUCCUCAUUGUAAAAGAUUUGGUACUCCAGAAGGUUGUCCCUUUGGGGACGAUUGCACCCACCUACACUCGCUGGAUGGUAUUAACGACCUUCGCGACGAGGUGCAGAAACCGCCAAGUGCAGAUGCCCCUCGUGUAUUCCUUCACAAGAUGGAGGAUCGCAAGGUUGGGAAAGGUUCCAUCUCCUUGAUCCUUCGGACGCUGGCCACGGGAGGUGUGUGGCCCACAGAUCGGCCCGAGAGCGCCGAUGUGCUUUUGGCCAAUGCCUUUCCUUCUGCCAGCUUGCUGUCUAAACUUCUCCCUGGAUGCCUCGUGAACCACUUUCCCGGAGAGCACGAGCUAAGCUGUAAAGACCGCCUGGCCAGGCUGCUCCGAAAGCACUCCUUUUGUCCGGAGACCUUCAUUCUGCCAGAAGAAGAAAGAGACUUUGAAGCAGCCGCUUUGGCUGAGCCAGAGGCUGCAUGGAUUCUGAAGCCGUGUCAGUUGGGUGAAGGACGUCACAUUGAGAUAUUGGAAGGCAAGAAUGCGAGCAAGAGACCUCCUAGGCCAUGUAUCGCAUCGCAGUAUAUCCACAACCCUUUGCAAGUGGAAGGACGCAAAAUAGACCUUCGAGUCUACGUUUUGGUGACUCAACUACAUCCAGAGAUGCAGGCCUUCGUGUUCCGAGAAGGCCUCGUCCGAUUUUGUGCCGGAAGCUAUGACGCUGCUAGUUACCAGGAGCUUCAGGCGCACAUCAGCAACAACGCAGUGCAAACAAAGACCAGCCGACAUGCGAGUGGUCAGAACUGGACCCUGGACCAGCUAUGGUUUCACCUCCAACAGGAAGGAACUUGUGAAGUUCAGCCUGAAACCAUUUGGUGUCGCAUUCUCCGCAUGGUGCGCGAUGUCUUAACCCUUUGGCAACCCAAGGCUCUGGCAUAUCGCACAAAAGCUGAUGUACACUGUUACAGUUUGAUGGCCUUCGACUUGCUCAUCGACAACUCUGGAGGCGUUUGGUUGCUGGAGGUGAACUCCAAGCCCGCGCUCCACGCGCAAAGCUCCUCUUUGAAGGCCAUUUUUCCCGUGCAUUUCGCAGUCAAAGGAGCUUUGCUGGCCGACCUCUUCUCAUUGCUUGGAUUGCCGACGACUUCGCAUGCAUCCUGUAACAGCGUGAGCACGGAGCCGACGACUGCGGGAAAAGCGCCUGACCAUGCCAAGAGUUCCUUUGGUUUCUAUCCGUUGGAGUUCAGCGCUUCUCAUGGCCUGGUGCUGUGGUUAGCAGCCAACUGGGCAUACUUCUCCAGCUUUUUGGAUGAGACACGCCACAUGGUGGAAGAGGAGAAGAAGAAGAAAUAUGAGGAGGAAAAGGCAAAGGUUUUGGCCAAAUACAGAGAGGAUGAUCACUUCAGCCUCGAAACGGGCGCCCGACGUGAUCACGAAGUGGUGAUGGAAGAUCUGAAGAAGAAGGUCGAAGCUGAGCAGAUGGCAGAGUGCACUUUCUACCCCAAGACCGCCAAGAAGUUUGUGGCGCCUGCCGGGGAUGCUACGGUGAGGCACAAUACGGCCUCCGUCCUGCGAGAGGACGCAUUGCUCAAGCAGAAGCAGGCCAAGGAGUAUCAGAUUUUGAAGCGUUACCAGGAGGAUCUACAUGACGCCUCUCAAUUUUACUCCUGGCAAGAGAAGAUGAAGGAACAGGAUCAAAGCGAAGAGGAAGCUCGAGUACGCCAACGAGCCAUCGAGAUGCAGCUCUCGCGCGAGAGCGCCAUGGAAGCUUACGAGUCGUCCGUCCGCCGGAAGCACAUCAUGGCCGAGCACCAGCGGGAGGAGUUGCAGCACGGUCUGCAGAUGAAGGAGAUAGAAAAGGAAUUGGAGCUUGGCGAGAAGAAGGUGCUGGUAGAUGAGACCAAAGAGGAGAUGACUGGGCAUGGCAUGACCUGGGCUAGAAUUCAGGCGGAAGUCUCCAAGAAUCGAACACCACCAUCGGAACCUCCCGUCUGCGCCAUGCGCCGGCUGCCGCGGCGGGAUCGGAGCCCCUCGCCGGGUCCCACCUCCUCGUGGUCCACCAAGGGGCUGCAAGCGCCCACGGGAUCGGUGCCACUUGACGUGGGAAGGAUGGGAAGGAUGGGAAGGAACCCCCGGCAGGGUGGACAGGUGUUGCUCUAA